AGUCAUAAUAUAGACGAAAGAACAAUCCGUUGCCAAGUCUGUGUAAUUGAUUUUUUCCUUUUUAAAUGAGACUACAAUCGUUGUUUUAUUUCUUGAUUUUUAUGUCGGUGUCUAAUCCUAUUAAAACGCGGGACGCUUUUAUUCAGUAAAUCGGUGUUUCAGAUAAUUUUUCUAGAUAAAUGCACGCUGACUGAAGAGACGACCACAUAAACCUUCCAGCCUCACAGCGAGAGAGAGAGGACCAAAACUGCGUCAUGUUGAGAAAGGAAAGAAAUGAACCCGGGACGUCCCAACCUAAAUUAGGCGAUCCUCUGAAAAACCUAGGGGUCCAGGACGAUGAAGACGUUAAGACCAUGCUGCAGGGCUCUGCCAUGUUGAAGGUGCGUUCCCCACGCUGGCAGAGAAAGCGCAUGCUAAAGUUGAUGAAUGACGGGGUCACGGUCUGGUGUGAAUCCAACAAGACCUUCAGCAAAGCCAAGUCGCAGCAGUCCUUCUCUGUGACAGAAGUGGAGUGCGUACGGGAAGGCUGUCAGUCCGAGACGCUCAAAAACCUGGCUGGCUCUCUCCCAAAAGAACAAUGUCUUACCAUCGUGUUCAAGGGAGGGAGGAAGAGCUUGGAUCUCCAGUGUUCAACGAAAGAGGAAGCCCAGCACUGGGUCCGUGGCAUUCGCACCUUGCAGGGGAGAGUAAACAACAUGACCCAUAAAGAAAAACUUGAGCACUGGAUCCAUGGCUACCUGAAACAAGCUGACAUGAACAAAGAUGGGAAGAUGUCAUAUGAAGAGGUGCUAACGCUGCUCCAGAUGAUCAACAUUGACUUGAACGAGGAAUACGCUGCCAGUCUCUUCAAGAAGUGUGACAAAUCAGAAGAUGGUCGACUGGAGCACGAGGAGAUCGAGCUGUUUUGCCGUGAGCUGUUACGUCGGCCUGAGCUUGAUGCAGUGUUUAGUCAGUACUCAGCUAACGGUUGCGUCCUUUCCACUGUGGAUUUGCGUGAAUUCCUGAAAGACCAGGGCGAGGACCACACACUUGUACAUGCUCAGAGUCUCAUCCUAAGCUACGAGCUCAACGAAUGGGCACAACAAAACCAGUUUAUGACACCCAAUGGUUUCACUAUGUACAUGCUGUCUAAAGAGAACGAUGUGUUCAACCCGGAGCACAGCAGAGUUUACCAGGACAUGAGCCGUCCGCUUACUGACUACUUUAUCUCCUCUUCACACAACACCUACCUCACUGCAGACCAACUCACCAGCGAGAGCAGCGCGGACCCUUAUAUCAAGGCCCUCAGCCAUGGAUGCCGCUGUGUGGAACUGGACUGCUGGGAUGGAGAGAAAGAGCCGGUUAUUUAUCACGGACACACUCUGACAUCCAAGGUGCCAUUCAGGGAAGUGGUGAAGGCCAUUUCUGAAUACGCUUUCAGGGCUUCCCCAUAUCCUCUUAUUCUUUCUCUGGAGAUCCACUGCUCGGUGGAGCAGCAGACAAUCAUGGCCCAGCAACUGUGCUCAAUUUUGGGAGACAGACUGCUCACAAAACCUCUCAAUAACAAGUUACUACAGUGCCUACCAUCACCAGAGGAAUUAAAAGGGAAGAUCUUGAUCAAAUCAAAGAAGAUGAAAGUGGAGCAGGAGAGCUCCAGCUCUGACUCAAGCUCCUCAGAAGAUGAAUCUAAAGCCGAGAGCAAACCUAAACCCAGAAAGAAAAGGACCAAGUUAAGUCAAGAGCUGUCUGAUCUGGUAGUCUACACCCGCAGUGUUGCCUUCAAAGGAUUUAAUCAAACUGCCAGGAAGCCACCCAAUGAGAUGUCCUCUUUCUCAGAGAGUGAUGCGUUGAAACAUAUCAAAGAAUCAGGGAAGCUCUUUGUGCGUCACAAUAGCAUGCAACUAAGUCGAAUCUACCCAUCUGGUCAGCGUGUACAAUCCUCCAACUACAACCCUCAAGAUAUGUGGAACGCUGGUUGUCAUAUAGUGGCUUUGAACUUUCAAACCCAGGGUGAGGAGAUGGAUCUUAACAGAGGACGCUUUUUACCGAACGGCCGCUGUGGCUACGUGCUACAACCAAGCUUUAUGUGGACACCCAAUUCGGAGUUUGACCCGGAGAACACUGGAGUAGGACCUGGACACAACCCAACACUGCUUACCAUCAAGGUUAUAUCAGCCCAGCAGCUGCCGAAACCAAACAAUGAGAAGCUCAGCUCCAUUGUGGACCCUCUUGUGUGGGUGGAGACUUAUGGGGCUCCCAUAGACAACAACAAAAAGAAGACGCACCGCAUUGACAAUAAUGGCUUUAACCCCAGAUGGGACUGCACCUUUAAGUUCCAGCUACACGUGCCAGAGCUGGUGUUAGUACGCUUUAAGGUUGAAGACCAUGGCUACGCGACCAGGAAUGAAUUCCUCGGCCAGUUUACGCUUCCUUUCACGAGCAUGCGUACAGGUUACAGACACGUACGUCUGCUAAGGGCCGAUGGCUCCAGCAUGUCUCCCUCCACUCUCUUUAUCCACGUUCAAAAAACACCAGGCUACAGCAGUCCUGUCAGAAAGGCAGCCGCACAUUCAACCUAAGAAUAAAGCAUGCAGGUCAAACAUCCUUAUCUGCUAGACUGUUUUUACCAACUCUGAGACCCAUCAUACUCACCAAUGAGUGAAUUCUGAUGCUGUUAGAUUGCUGGUGUACGCGAUAUAUGUAUAUACCCAGCACUUAUUGUGUUACAGUUAUAAUCAUUUAUAUAUAUAUAUAUAUAUAUAUAUAUAUAUAUAUAUAUAUAUAUAUAUAUAUAUAUAUAUAUAUAUAUAUAUAUAAGUGCCAUAUGAACUCCAACUAAACUUGGUGGUUUUCCGAAAAUACUGUAAAGCCGUUUUAGAAGUUAGGAUGUCCCAAAGAUGUUGAUGAUUCAUAAAAAGUCUUAAAAACAAUGACGCUAUACAUUUCAUAUGCAAGAGGUCUUUGCACCAGCCCAUGUUAUGUAGCAUGUUUCCAAUUUGUAUUUCGUAAUUGAUUUGUGAACAAAAAAGUUUUUUUUUACUGUUUAGACAAGAGAUGAGGUAACUUAAAGGUUUUAUGUUGACAAUCUCUGAGCCUGUCUGCUCCUUAUGCCUUAUUUCUUAUCCUUACUAAGAUAUUUAAUAAGAUAUUAAAAAUGUUUAUAUGUUUUAAAGAUGUCAUGUUUAAAACUAGAAAACAUUUUAAAGUAUUAUUUAUAGUAAAAUGUUUACAUAUUUAACAGUUCUUUAUUCGGGUACUUACCAUAGGCAGAGUUUCACGUUUAUGCUUUGGGGGCCACCUUCCGGCAAACAAGGGUACUGCAAUGCUUUGAGUUUCAUUUAGCAUCAGUUUUUCAAUAUUUUCUUUUGUUCUUACCUCAACUUAGAUGAAUGAAUACAUACCUAUCUUUUUUCAAUGCAUGUACUUAAUUUUUGUACAGCGCAUCGUGAAUGUGUUAGCAUUUAAGCGGAUAAAAAAAUGAGAACUAUUUUGUAUGGCGGAAGAGCACGACGAGAGGGGGAGUAGUCAGGAGUGAUGAUGUUACUGCGCGCUGAAGUCGAAGUGCUGCAAACUAGUGCUCUUCCGCUAUACAAUAAAGUUCUUAUUUUUAUCCGCUUAAAAAAAAUCACCACGUUUUAUUUUGUGCCACCAUACCUACUCAUGUAACUACUCAUGUAACAGUCUUUAAAUUCAUCCCUGUUUGGAUCUUAAGGAAUGAAUGGUGGUAGGCUAAAUACUAACAGUCACGACGUGCUGUACAAAGAUUAAGUGCACGCAUUGAAAUAGAUAGGUGUGAAUUAAUUCGUCUAAGUUGAAGUAAGAACAUAGUAAAAUAUUGAAAAACGGUUGUGUUUUGCUUUAAAUUACCCAGUCUAACCAUUAAAAUAUUAAGAUACAAUUUUCUAUUUCAUUAAUAGCUCAGGCAAAAUCAUAAUUGCCUCUGGUCCCAAACUCCUCCUAUGGUACUCACAUUCAGAUUUUGAUGUGUCAUAUAUAUGUCUUUAAUUGUAUUUUUUUGGCAAAGUGCUUUUUAGUGUGAUUAGAAAUACAGUACUGUGUAAGUCUAGCUUUGCUUUUUAAAAUUAGUUUUAAUGAUCACCAAUAUAUAUUUUUCAGGUUUUUUAUUAAGCUACAAACAGAAAAUACAGAAAAUCAAAAGAAUAAACAAUUUUUAAGGAAAAAAAUUGAUUCUACAGGUAAAAGUGAGUAUUAUUUAGUGUGACCUUUCGUGACAUUAAACACAUCUUGAACUCUUUUGAAGAGACUGAAGUCCCGAUGUCAUUAGAUUAGAAAGUAGAGUUUCAUUUUAUUUAGGUUUAGAAGAUCCUGCAGGUUCCUGCUAUUUCUCUAAUGUACUGUAUGGGGAGCUCACACUAAAUACCAAAAUUUAAAAGCUUUUUUCUUGUUGUUUUCUGCAUGUACUGUCAGCUUUUGUGCAGAUAUUCUCAGAGGUCUCCAAAGAUUCCAAUGUACAGUACAAUCCAUUUAGGGAUUUAAAACCAGACACAAAAUAUUACAUAUUAAAUUCUAGAGCAAACCAGUCACUACUGAAUCAAGCAUGAAAUAGCUGUAAUAUUAACACCCAGUAGGGAUUUGAGGUGCUCUAUAUAACCAUUUAAAAAAAUGAAUCUGAGUGUUUUAGAGGAAUUUAUAUUCCAGAAUAUUAACAAACUUGCAGUGCUAGGCUUAAGUGCUUAUUGUAUAUCUAGGCUGCAUAUCUAUUGCUAACUUCUGUGAGAUAAAUGUCAUAUAUCUCUGUAUCUGUGCAAAACAAAAUAAAUGCAUUGUUCAUAAGA